CUUUCGGCUCGGAGGAGGCCAAGGUGCAACUUUCUUCGGUCGUCCCGAAUCCGGGUUCAUCUGACACCAGCCGCCUCCACCAUGCCGCCGAAGUUCGACCCCAGCGAGAUCAAAGUCGUAUACCUGAGGUGCACCGGAGGUGAAGUCGGUGCCACUUCUGCCCUGGCCGCCAAGAUCGGCCCCCUGGGUCUGUCUCCAAAAAAGGUUGGUGACGACAUUGCCAAGGCAAAGGGUGACUGGAAGGGCCUGAGGAUUACAGUGAAACUGACCAUUCAGAACAGACAGGCCCAGAUUGAGGUGGUGCCUUCUGCCUCUGCCCUGAUCAUCAAAGCCCUCAAGGAACCACCAAGAGACAGAAAGAAACAGAAAAACAUUAAACACCGUGGGAAUAUCACUUUUGAUGAGAUCGUCAACAUUGCUCGACAGAUCCGGCACCGAUCCUUAGCCACAGAACUCUCUGGAACCAUUAAAGAGAUCCUGGGGACUGCCCAGUCUGUGCGCUGUAAUGUUGGAGGCCAACAGGGGCCAUUGCAGAACAACACAAAAAUUCAGGCGAGGGGAAAAGCAGUUAUUCUUACUUAUGCUAAAUCCAGUUGCUCCCCACUGUGGUCAUGUAAAUCCUGGCACCGAGUAUGCGGCAGAAAUCUGGACAUGGCUUGGCUGGGUCCUCUGGGGCUCUCACAAGGCUGCUAUGAGCAGCAGGGGCUGCUAUCAUCUUCUGUUGAAGAAUCCACUUCCAAGCCCACUCACAUGAAUGCUGGCAAGGCCAGUUCCUCCUUGGCUAUUGAGCUGCAGGCUUCCUUUCCUCAUUGGUGA